AUGUCCCGACCUUACUCUGGACGCGGAACAGCCCAUCGGGGAGGAGGCCCCUUUGGUGGUAACAGGUCCUGGCGAAUGCCGGAAGUUGUCCGUUCAGCUCCUCCUCCGAUGGGAGAUCUCAUCGAGACUGUUUCUAGAGAAGAUGUGCUUUAUGAUAAAGCCGGGCCACUUGGCCGCAUCGGAAUAUCCGGUGCUGAAGUCAUUGCUUCGUACAACUGGCUAGACGAGCGCCAUCCAGAGAUUAUUAUUCCGGGUACAACUGUCUUCGUGACUCAUUUUAGCAACGACCUCCUGACUGACAAUCAAGCCAGGCAAACCUCCGCUGUGGACUCCCCCUCCUAUUCCCCACCAGCUUCAAGAGGAUAG